AUGAACUUAUCGAGUCCAACAAAUGAUGACCGCAAAAAACUACUUGAUAGUUCUGAUUGUGCACAAAUGGUCCGUUUGUGUUCAGAACUGCAUUUGCAAUGCAGAACAUACCUUGCAAUUAUUCGUGCCAGCAGUCCUUCAGAUGAUGAUUUUUAUGAAAAUGCGCAAUCAGAAACGGAUGUUGUGUACACUUUAAAGAAACUUCAUACAUUACUGGAAUCUGGCUUUUCUGCGCGAAUCAAGUACCUGUACUCCAUCGCUAGCGACUAUGAUUUUGGCUCAUUGCGGGCUAAUGGGAUUCGGAGUUUCUUGAUUAUCACAAUGAGAUGUUGUGCUGUAUUGUUAACAUAUCUUCGACAGAUGAGUUCGUACUCUAUCUCCAAGUGGUCUGGUAUUACCCAUCGAAGUGUUAUAUCCUAUGUCAAUUGCUUGAUAGAGCUCAAUGUGUGUCUUGAAGUUUUGAGUAAUUCACCACGCUUUGCUAAUCCAUUGUGUUUAUUCCCUCGCUCUGAAUUUGUUGAUUUACCAGAGAUUGGACAUUGUGAUACAAAACGUAUUAUAAGAAAUCCAUUAACUGUGAUCCAAACUGCCAAUGCAAAGUUCGAUUCAAAACAAUACUUGGAGGAUUUAUCAGAGUUUUAUCGAUUAGAAACUCUGUCAGAUAAUAUAAAACAGGAAUAUUUCUACGGUCGUUGUUUAGCUUUUUACUUGUGCCCAAGUGCUCAAAGGAUUUUACAAUUUUUGAAUUCUUUAAUGGCUGGAUAUGGGAACAGUUUUUUGACCAGCAAACAGGGUAUAGCAAGCUUAGUGAAUACAGUUUAUCGAUCUGUCACAUCGUAUUUAUCUCCAGAGGAUCGUGGUAAGAUGUUGGCAAAGCUCACACGGAACUCCAGUGUACAAUUCUGUAAAAUGUUUUGGAGUCUGGCAGAACUACGCGUCGUAUCUGAAGGUCCCAAUGUCAUUUUACCGUCUAUGGCUGUGGCUCAUUCUUUCAAAAUUCAAACAAUACCAUUAAAAAUGCUUUCAAAUAAUCAAAAGAAGGAAAUGAACAAGAAUUUGUUGACAUAG